AUGUGUGUGGAUCCCGUGUCAUUGAAUUUCACACAUACCGACUGGGCAGAGAAAGAUUCACCAGCAGUGAUGUAACAAAUUCAUCGAAGUUAAAACGACAACAGCCUCACAAAUAUAUGCUAGAAUUAUAUACUUGAUAAAAAUUACUUCUAAGGUACCCCGCCUACCUAUAAUAUGCCGAAGGAUCCAUUCCUAGUGAACAAUAAAGAGACUUUCCAGUUAAAACCAUCACUGUUGUUGUACCCUUCACAGUAUACACUCUCAGCAAGAUGGUCUACAAUUAAGUUGUUAAAAUUUCCUUAUAUUAAUAUACCUGCACCAAAAGCUACAGGUUCAGUAGCAUUGCCUAUCUGCAAGAACAAUGACAUCACUUCAUCAAAUACCAUUGUCUUGCAAUCAGACAAAAAUCUACCCCUAUCCUACUCAGUUUACAUGAAGUUAAGGUCCUACCUAAAGGUUCCCGUCCUGUUUGCUGAAACAAAUGAACUGAAUAGUGUUGAGGAAACCAAGACUAACAGUACUAGCGACAUCCCUCUUGUAUCACGAGAGGAGGUAAUGGAGUAUAUUGCCAAUGAGACGGGCAAAGACAGGUUACGAGAUUUCUACAGAAAAGAUGUUCAAGAGAGACGCCACCCAGAUUAUGAGGAACUUGUACUGACUGCAUUAAGUGCUGGGUGUUUGGGAAUAUUUAUAGGAUUUCCCCUUGGAUACCGUAAAACCUCUAAUACCUUUAUUGAAGAAAAUCAUGCAACAACAUUUCGUUCCAAGAUGAGUUACGAGAGGAUGAGAAUUGACAAAAGUGUGUUAGGAGGAAUGAAAAGUGCUGCAGGAGGAUGCAUUUUUAUGGGUUUCUUUAUUACAUCAUUAUGGGGUGUGUCCAAAUGUAUAAGUAUAUACAGAAACAAGACAUCUUUUGUGGAAUACAGUAUUGCAGCUUCUAUAAUUGGGGCAGCGUUCCGGCUACAUUUAGGACCAAAGGGUAUGGUGGCUGGAGGUAUAGUAGGUUUGACUUUAGGGACAAUAGGUGGUGUGGUACUGAUGACAACAGCUAAAGUUACAGGAGAAACACAGGAGGAAAAACAUUACCGAUACAUUGAGAAAAAGUUAGCCAUGAAGAAGAUUGCUACAGGAGAGUGGUCUAAACCUGUGAAUAGCUGAAGAGCUCAACAAUCUGGAAAUACAAGCUGCAUCCCCGACAUACCAAGUGAUUGUAUGUUUGUAUCACUCUGUAUAGACAUUGCUCGAUCUGGCUUUUUGAUACAUUCUACUGAGAAACUGUUUUGUUGCCAAAACCAAUUAACAAUGACAUUCUAAUAUAAAUUGACUUGUAUUCUUCCUUUUAAGAUAAAGAACGGUAUGAGGUAUCUGUUGUUAGUUGUUGAUUUCACUUUACGAGAAAAAUGCUUAAUUACCUAUUAACUGCAUAGGAAAUGUUGAUUUUCAGAAUAGUUCUUAAAUGCCCUAAUUGAUGUAUCUACUUUUCAUAAUAUUGCUGCCAAGAUCAAGUUUUAAAUAUGUGAUUUCUGAUGUAUCAAGUCAAACAUCUCUAUGCUUUAAAAUAAUGAUCAUAAUUUAUUCUUUAAAUGUACAAAUUCUGUACCAUGUACUAAAAAAACUGUACCACAGUAAUCCAUUCAAUCGUUAAUAAUUUUGAAAUAUCCUUGAUUUAUUGGAAAUCAAUAAUUUUGAAAUAUCAUUGAUUUAUAGGAAAGUCAGUUAGUGUUGUGACUUGUCAAUGAUGUUGUGACUUAUCGAUGGUGUUGAGACUUGUUACAUCCCCAACAAUGAAGUUCGGGGAGAGGGAAGGUGUGUACUUGAAUCAUCUUGAUGUUUGGAAGUAUGUCUGUUGUUUGCAAAUCUUGUCCAGAAAACUCCUCCUAAAUUUUGAACCAAUUUCAAUUUCAACACCUCAGGAAUGCUAGAGACAAUUUGUUGAAAUGCAUGCAGGUGUUUUUUUAUCGGAAAAUGUUGGUUGCUAUAUAAAUAGGUCAUUAUACAUAAGUGUUUGUGUAAUGGCCCAUGCCUUACCAAUCAAGUUUUUAUGAAACUUAUUUUUAUUAACUUAUUCAUUAUUAGUGAUUAAAGCCUAUAAUUUGACAUAUCAGGUGUUUCCAGAUAUUGUCCAUUUACGCUGAAAAUAGAUAAAGAAGGCAACUAAAAAAACAUGUCACUGUACAGAUUUUUGAGUAUGGCCUGGCCAUAGCUCAUCAGUCCUUCAUAGAUCAACAUUAAUACAACUUGGUCAAAUAGGGCUGUAACUUGUCAAAGCCUGUAAUUUGACACAUUUCCAGAACCAUUACUAUGGAAACGUAAUGGAAAGUUCUGACUGGUCGACAUUGAGAUGUACAAUUUUACUGAAAUUUGAAAAACGGUAGUCACAAUGAUCUUGUUCAGACUUCUAAACUUUGAAACCAAUAUCAGUGAAACCUUACAGAAAUAUCAUGGGCCAUAGUUAGAUGUGCAUGCAGGUUUCUUUGUUUUUGUUUUCUUUUUAUUUGAAAAUUUUGGUUGCCUUGGCAACAAGGUCACUAUACACGCGUUAUGUAUGUGAAUGUUUCACAGUUCAUCAGUCAUGGUAACAUUUUUAUUAAAACCUUGUUGAAUUGUGUUGCCAACUGUCAAUGGUCCUGUGAAUGACUAUAAAUUGUGUUAGUAAUAUUUUUUAUUCUUAAAAACAAAUAAAAAAGACAUUUAUGUGGAGGUUUUCAACUUUAUUUUCUCACAAACAAUCCUUUCCCCGUGGUAGAUAGUAGUGUAUUCAAUAUACAGAUAGUGGUGAGGUCCACACAAUGUAUUGGUUUUUUACUAAUCACAGCAUAAGUUAGUGUAAAUAUAUAUAUAUAUACCACAGAGAACUCUCUACAAAUAGAAAACAAGGAAUGUGUGUGAUGAGUCGUCUCACCCCUACAU